GGAUUUCGAGGCAAUUGCCCUUUUAGAGUAUACACUUCAUCAAAACCUGACAAAUAUGGAAUCAAAGUUGUAACGAUGUGUGAUUCACGCACAUAUUAUAUGGUUACUGCUAUUCCAUAUAUCGGCAAAGAAAAUAGGCCAGAUAAAGAACCUCUCCCAGCUUAUUACGUAAGAAAACUGACAGAACCCAUUCACGGAACCGGACCCAAUUUGACGAUGGACAAUUGGUUUACUUCCAUCCCACUGGCUGACAAAAUGCUUGUUGACUACAAUUUGACCAUUGUGGGUACCCUCAGAAAAAACAAGAGGGAAAUUCCUCCAUCAUUUCUCCCAAACAAACGAAAAGAAAUUAUGUCUUCUCAAUUUGGAUUCGACAACCAAAAAACCUUGGUGUCCUUCACACCCAAGAAGUCUAAAUCUGUGCUACUUUUAUCGACAAUGCAUUCUGGUAGUACAAUAGAUGAAAAUAAAAAACCCGAGAUAAUAAAUUUUUACAAUUCUACCAAAGGAGGUGUCGAUACCUUUGACCAGAUGGUGCACACAUGUUCGGUAUCCCGCAAAACACGCAGGUGGCCAUUACGCUUUUUUAUGGUAUAAUGGAUCAAGCAGGCAUUAACUCCAACAUUAUUUUCCAAAUUGUUAUGCGUGAUAGACAAAAAAGUGUUCGUCGAAGAUACCUAUUUGAACUUGGACUACAACUGGUCAGGCCUCAUAUGGAAAGACGUUUGACAAAACCAAUACCUCGAAAAUUGAAAGAAUCAAUAAUGAAUAUUCUAGAUAUGAAAACGGAAGAAAAAGUUGAUCCACCUCCAGCAAAAUUGCUAAAACAGACUCGCUGCAUUUUAUGUCCAAGAACAAAUGACCGAAAAACAAAAACUGCCUGUGCGAAAUGUUUCAAGGCUGUUUGCAGUAAUCAUCGAGCUGAAAUAU